AGGGACGGAGGGACUUUAAUGAUUUGCACGCUGACCGUAAGGGAAUAGACGUGGCCGAAGACAAAAGUGUUCAUGGAGAAGAAAUGCGGCCACGACAUGGAUGACGGGCUGCACUGAUGGCUGUCUGGCCCCGUGCGUGGCUUCCCUGCCCUGCCUGCCCCUGCACCCGCGCACGGAUUGAUGUGUUUUAGUGCAAACCACGGGCUUGACCCUCUCUUCUCGUCUCUCUCGCUCUCGCUCUCUCGCGUCUCUCUCGCACUGCCAGCACUGCGCUCCACUUCUACGCUCCUCUCUCUCUCUUUCUCUCUCCUCCUCAUUCCUUUCUCCUCCACCACCCGACUACCACCACCUACUACCACACACGACCACGACCACUACCACUCCGCCGCCGUUGUCGUCCCCCCGAUCCUUCGUCUGCGAUGCGCCGCCAGUCACGCGUCUGAAUCGCCUGUCUCGACACACGCACGCACCCCCACGACGACCAUGGACUCGCGCCCGUCACAGGGGAGGCCGUUCCAGUCGUCGGCCUCGCAAUCGUCGCACCCCGCUGCGUAUCCGCAGUACGGCCCUCCGACGGCGUCGCAGCCACCAGUCCACGUCCCCUUCUCGGAUCCGUUUCAGCACCGCGACCCGUUUCUCCCUUCGGCACAACAGCGCAGGGGUAGCUAUGGACUGCAGGGCGGCACAGAGCGAGGCUGGGGCAACAGUUCUGGCGCGGCACGCUAAGCGGCACCAACCCCCGGUCGCGCGCGCGAGAGACAAACAGAGAUCGCGCUAACGCUCCCAUCUUGUUAACAGCGACUGCGACUACGAAUACUACCACAACCACCAACACCACCACCACGACACCCGAGGCCGCGCAAUCCCAGUCGUCGUCGCACCCGCACCGCCACCACCACCACCACCACCGUCC